AUGUCACUGAGGCGCCAUGAUACUAUCCGGAAUACCAUCCAUGGGAUGCGUUCACUGGGCAAGGCAUUCAAGGAGUCGACACUUUCCACCGCAGACGACGCGAUCCGGAGGACAAGGGAAAGAAACAGGACCAUCGUGUUCUUGUCAAACUUGCUUGACGCCCUCAAAACAGUGGCAGAUCCUUUCCUUAGUUCCUUUUUACUUGACCAGCUUGAGAUCGAGAUCCACCAAGGCCUCACUGGGGACCAGGUGCUCAUGGGUCCAAUCUUUAGACCGUGGUCUGCUGAGCAGAUCAACGCUCAUCCCAUUGAUAUGGACAAACACGGCACUUCCCAAUCCCUUCGCCGGUCCAAGCACGCUAUUGACUUUGGUUCUCCCGUCCCUGGACUGUUUGACGGUCCUGCAGGACGCGUGGCCCGUGUUUCUGGCCUCAUCGUUCAGCUGAUGCACUGCCCUCGUAAGCCAUCUGGCGCAUCACUAGCGAACAUUGCGGGCUGGAGACACUCCGACUGCUGGUUUCGUCCCAGCAAGAAGUCCCCUCACGUCAAAGUUUUGAUGAGGAAUACAAUCGAAGCGAAGGAGGGUGAACCCAGUCGAGAAGAGAUCUUUGUCAUUGCAUACAUGAUGAUUCACCGCCUGCAGUCGGAGGGCAUGGACAAACAUGUCAUUGCUCCCGUCAUGUUGCUUUCGAUCAUGGCUGAGUGUCACGGUAGGAUCCUUAUCGCGUAUUGCGAUGGUGGCAAACUAGUGGUCCAAAUGUCGGGACUCCAGUGCUUCUACAGUCGCUACCAAGAUUCGUACACGCUUAUGAUGAGAUACAUGGCCGCGGGUGACGAAGGAGAUACAACCACCCUGCUGGCCAAGCGGGACCCCUAG